AUGCUCAUGAGAUUUUCAGCUCUUGUGAUGGUUUUAACCGCGGCGAUGAUGAUGGAAGAAGCUAAGAGCAUCCGUCUAUGUAACAUCGAAACAAAGGACGCGGAGAGUUGUCGUCCAGCCGUCGUUGGAAACAACCCGUCGCCUCCAGUAAACGCAUGCUGCGCAGUUGUCCGAGCUGUUAAUCUCCCAUGCAUAUGCAGAUUCAAGUCAUAUCUAACCACUUAUAAUAUUGACCCAGCUAGAGUCAGGGCUCUUGUACCCAAAUGUGGCAUUAGAACAGUGAUCCCCCCUGCUUGCCAAGCUUGA